AUUUGUCAUAAUGUGCAGCGUGGGGGACUAUACCGGGGGCAGCUAAUGGCGGGGGAGGUGCUGCGUGAAAUGUGGUUUCCUGUCUGUUAAAACGUAUUAAAGUGUUUUAAUGCAACAUGCAAACCCCUUUGAAGUGAACUUAGUUUGUUAUUCGGCCCGUGAUUUUAAAGCGGUGUCUGCCUUUUCUCUCCUAUGGUCGUGAGUCUGUCACCGUGAUUUUGGUCGCUCAGGCAGCAGCGUCACACGAUGCUGGUGUUGACUUAGAUGUGCAUUCACUGGUGUGUGUGUGUGUGUUUUUAAGGCGUUUUUAAAGGAUCGGGGUGUUUAUAUUUCAUGUGUUUGUGAGGUGAGAUGUGACAGGCCUGUCGGAAGAGGAUGCCAGGCCUCAGCUCCAGCGUUUUCAGCACCACCCCUGCUGGACAGCGCGCAGAGCGGCAGCGCACAGCUUUAGUGUCAGAUAACCACUCAGACCCGGGUCAUAACGACCUGAAAUACGGUUUGAGUAAAGAAGAGACCUUCAGUAAUGCUCCUAUAUAAACAAAAAAUAUAUAUAUUUGCGAGUUUACAAAAUCUGAUAAUGAUAUAUCAGCUGAUAAUAAUUUCCUUAUACAUAAGCAAACCAUCUUGAUACAGACCCCCUAGGUUUGUUUUGUUUAUGUAUUGUGACCAACAAAAGUAUUGAUUGGUAUAUUUUACCAGAGAAAAAUACCCUUGUCAUAGUCCUCCACUGGACAGACUAAUGGAGACUAGUUUCUAAAUUACCUCAAACCUAGAGUAUAGUUUGACAUUGCUGUACUUUAAUUUAUUGUAAUUUAUUAGCCGUCACAUACACAAUACAAUAUAUCCGCAAUAAGCAAAUAACAGUCAGUACGUCUGCCAUGGUUUAUUUAUCAAUCUUGCUAUUUUUUUAACCCAAAGAUGUUUAGUUUGCUUCCAAUAAGAAAAAAAUAAAUAAUAUCUUCAAAUUUUAACGCAUUUAAUAGUCUGGAACCAGCACAUUUUUGGCAAUAUUGAUGAAAAAUUACUUAAACAACGAAGCGAUUGUCAAAUUGCUGCAUUUCUUUGUCCAUCAACGGAUCUCUUAAUAGCUGUUAUUAUCUUGGUUUCUUAGGACGUGAACAGACAUGAACAGAUUCAUCAUUUUGGUCGGUUAGUCGUCCUGCACGGGAACAAUUUGUUCCUCCAGCAACAUUUUCUUUUUGCACACAGGAGGAUUGCUAUGGGUAGCAGCUUAGCAAGGCUAAAAAUGUUACUCAGUGUUUUGCUGAAUGCAUAUUUGAUUUUCGGUUCCAUUGGUUCUAUUUAUUGCCAUAUCAUGGUUCAAUAAUUGGGUUACAAACAGUGUGCUUCAGUGUGCAGCCUGCCAUAAGCCUUUUUUCACAGCAGACAUUUUGACUUAUUUGACAAUUUAGUCUGCAUUGAUAUUGUUAUUUACACGGACAUGUAAAAAUGUCUCCUAUUGAAAAAGAGUGUUUGGUUCACUGGACAAACAGGGAGGAACUCUGUGCAUGGUUUGACAACAUACUAUUUGGAUAUAGAAUAGUAGUUUGAUAUGGCAGUUUUGUGAAUUUUUGCCAUAUUUAGUUGUCUCUCUUUUGUCGACAUACCUAUGUACAAUCCACAUAUGUUUAAGGCCCUGCACACCCGCACAUGAAAACACUCUUUCUACCUUUAUGUUCUCCAUAAGCCAAUCAGCUUUUUUUAUUCCUCCUCUAAUGCUAUGCGGCCAAACAGUUGUGGGUUUUAUUAUAGUAUAGUCCUAUAACGCUAACAGCAGGUGAAACAAAUGACAUUAACAAUGGCUCAGGCCCAUUGUGUGUCUCUUUAAGCCGCGUCAGUGAGCCAGCAUGCACUGUGCCAAAGCCCUGGAGCUCGCUCACCUAAAUGUCAUGCAGUCAUUAUUAAUGUCAUUAAUAAACUUCUCCUGUGAUGACAUGCCAAAAAUGUCUGCUGCGAGUAAGAGCGAUGCAUGUUGGUAGAGCGAAGCUCAGGACAUCCUGGUACUUUUGACACAACGCUUUUCAAAUACAAACCUCAAUAUUUUUUUUGGCAUGCUAAAUAUUAUGGUAGUACGGGUUUUGGAACGCACAGCGUGUUUCCAGCCACGUUCCACUUCUUCCAGACUCCUGCAUUGUCAUUCUCAAUCCAUCUACCAGAAGCCCUCAGAAUUUCCCACCUGUCCCAGUGUCUCUCAUUCCUCUGCUCACCUGUUUCUGCUUCUCAUCAGCCCCUCAGUGUAUAACCAGCUCUUUACCACUCAUUCUCUGCCAGUAUGGCAGUUAUGCCUUUGCUUCCCAGCACAUCCAAACCUGCACCUUUUUUUUUUACCUUGGAUUUGUCUGUUUGGACUGCCACCCUGUUGGCAACCUGUAAGCCCAUUCCUGACCAUUGCUGUAGUAAUAUACGGGGAUAUUUCCGUCCUAUGAAAUUGCCUGAUGCACUCAGUCGACCCCGGAAAAGGAAGUGAUUUCACGAUUGUGACGUGCGUGACAAUCGUGGGUGAUGAUGAUCAGGUUUUUGUUUGCAGUCUGGUAGAGUGAACAUGUGCUAACAAUGGUGAAGAAACAAGCUAGAACUAAUAACGUCUUAAUUUCCAAACACAGCACAUCAGUGUUUCUAUUAGUCACCAAACCACAUCCACCAAGUCCACAAGAGCCAAAACAGGCUUGGGUUUGUCCAUUGCAAGGGCUUCAAUAUAAGGGAAUGAGAGCUGAACAGAAACGUCUGUUCCAUAGCAUAGUUUGUACUCACACGCAGUCCUGAGGAGAGGUGUAGUCUUGCCAAAUAAUUAAAAACACCAGUAAGGGUUUUGUACUGUACCUAUGUAGGGCCUUUAAAACGGUUUCAUGGCUUCCUCUACUUAUUCAAAAAGAAUAACAGAAGACAGAAACAUGCUGCCAGCUACUGUAUGCUGACUAAUACUACAUUCACAUGACUCAUCAGUGCCCAUGUGUUGUGAGCUAUAUUCUAAAAAAUACUUUUAUUUUGUUAACCAUUUUCUAUGAGUUGUCUCUAUUCGGUGUUUCUGUGAACUUUGAGCGUUCUCCUUUGCCCUCCUGUUGUGUUUCACACCUGUUCUCUGCAUGUAUCUCGGUUUGGGAACAUGUUGCAGGCUUUGCUAUCAGAUGCCACUGCUUCACCAUAAUUCACCAACAGAGGGAGCUCAUUGUUCAUAGAUGUGAACUGUGACCUUUGGAUCUUGAGGAGGAACUUUUACCUUGAGUUUGUUUGCCAGGUUUUGUCCUUUCAAACUAAAUUCAGCCUUCAUCAGUUGAUUCCAGUGUAGACUGGGCGUCGCUGUUAUGUCUCUCGUGUUUGCAGCAGUCGAUGUCUCCCCAGUGAAAGUAGAUUAACCAGAUUGUCGGUAAACACGGCAGUGAAAGCGCUGACUCGACCUUCCUUCACUCUGUCGUCUCCUUGGAAACACGGCAGUUGUAAGAUGUUGCUUCAGUCCUCAAACAUGUCAAUCUCUGUGUUAUUAUUACUCUGAGCAAGAAAAACACACCUUUCCUGGCUUCUGAAAGGUGUUCACUGUGUGUCAGUGUGAAAUGACUGUUGUAAGAGUCAGUGGAUAUGGCUUCUACUGUUUUGUUGUGGGGCUCUGCAACACAUUGUUCUCUCAAGCCAUGAAAGCAAAUAAUUAUAAGUAGUAUAAUUAUGUAUUUUACAGGGGAUGGAUGCCCCUCUUUUGGUUGGAUCUGUGGGCUUUCGUUGGCUUGUUGCUUGUUCUUUUGUGAAAAUGUGCCUUUUGCAUUUCUUUGAAAGACAUCCGACCGUUAGCCAUGCCAAAGACAUCUGUGUUGUUUUGGGGUUUCUUGGCCCCUCAGAAAGGUUGAUAGAAGUCAAACAUUGCCUUUUUCUUUAAAGGAAUAGUCCAACAUUUUGGUAAAUGCCAUAUGUAGGUGGAUUAUGUUUCCCUCUGACAGAGCCAGGCUAGCUGUUUCCAGUCUUUAUGCUAAGCUAACUUAACCAGCUGCUUGACUUAGCCUUUUAAUUUAGCACACAGACAUGAGAGUGGUAUCAGUCCUAACAUAUAACUCUCAGCAUGACCCCAAAAUGUCCAACUAUUCCUUAGAAAAAAACCCACCCACACGCACACACAUGCAUCAGGAUCAAAGAUAACACAAAUGUACUGAAGUUCACAGCUUAUCUCCAUCGUGGCCCCAGUGGGGGAUGAAUAUGAAUUACUUGCAUAUAGAGUUUAUAAAUUCAUGACCGCCUUCAUAUGUUCUUUUGUACUGUAAGCCACCUUCAUUUAGAGAAUACGAUAUCGCUGCACUGCACCCAGAAUCCAGCAUAAAAGUUUUGACAAGAAGAGAAUACAAUUGAAAAUAAUAGUUAGCAGCAGCUGUUUUUAUAGUUAGAAUCAUAAUAGAUGUAUUGAAAAGCAUCUUCUUCAGAUGUUUGCAAUGAUGACUGUGAUGUGUUUUGAUUCUGUGCCUUUAGAUGGAGAUAACUAAAUGUGUUCCUCUUAAACUGAGAACCAAGAGAUCAAAGAGUUUCUUUUAAAAACACCAAAAAUACUUUCUGAAGGAAGAAAUUCUCUCUGUAUUACAUCCAACAUGGCAUCAGUUGUCACAGCAUUGUCACUGUCAGUGUAAUUCAUUGUCAGUGGGUGUAUUUACAGAUUAAACAUAUCGUAUUAGUCUUUAGCAAAUGUCAGCAAGUCCUGACUGAGCCGUUACAGAUCACAGGAAGAGCAUAUGUGGAAUUGUGCUUCAAGGCAGUUAUUUUUGUUGGAAAAAGAAAUGAGUGGGAGAGAGAGAGAGAGAGAGAGAGAGAGAGAGAGAGAUCCUCAUCACGACACUGCGAGGAAAGCUGAGUCAUGUAAGACAAGAAAAAAAAGGUACCUCGCGGAAUAUUAAAAAUUAAUAAGACAGUGACAUAUUUUAAACAUAAUGAGCAAGAGGAGUGAUAAUUAUUUCAAUGCAUCUGUCGGGUAUCAUGGAUAGUAGAUAGUUGAUAGAGUUUAGCAAGAUUGGCACGAGGAGGGGAGCGACAACGUGGCAAAAGGGUGUCGGAGAGGCGGUGUCACUGUGGGAGAGCUCGGAUGCGUGGAGAACGUUGUUGUGUGCACGAGAGGGUAGAGAGAGAGAGCUGGUGCAGCGGCGGGAGGAGUCACGAGGAAGAGAGGCGGAUAAAUGUCCACGCCCCUCUCUGCCCGAGCAUCCAUUUACUGAGCAGCCGAUGAGGAUGCGUACAGGCUCGGCAGCAACAGAAGGAGCUGCACCGGAACUCUGGUGGAUUUGGAUUACAGCACAUCAGGAGGCAAAGCGCAUCAACCUUGGCCACCGUCUGCAGAGGCCCGUCGCAUCAUCUUCGUCCACAUUGGAUGAACUUAACCGCGGAGUGUUAUAACACAGAAGCUGCUAUUUGCCGUGAGGAGCAUUUCAUAAACUGAUCCAGCUGAUUUAACACAGAGGAGUGGCUUGGGGAACUGCAGCCUUCCCACUUUUCUCUACCGGGGGAUUCUACAGGUUGCUACAAGUUUUUCGAAACAUGACCACCAUGCAAAGGCUGCUGCUGCAGCUGCCGGUGAACGCGGCGAACCUCGUGAAGUCGGUGCAGAAUCAGGUCCAGGGCCAGGAGGAGGACAAGAGCCCCGUGCUGACCCCCGACGGCGGGCAGCAGGCCUGGUACAGCGCUCUGCAGGCGGACGAGCUGCGCCACCUCCGAUCCGGAGGUACGGGAGGAGGAGGAGGAGGAGACCACGAGGAACGAGCACCACUGGAGGAAGGUGGUGGAGGUGGCGGAAGUUUCCAAACACAACCUUUGCGACAUGACGACUUGAAGGAGAUGCUGGACAGCAACAAAGACUCCCUGAAGCUGGAGGCAAUGAAGCGCAUCGUGGCUAUGAUCGCCCGAGGUAAAAAUGCAUCAGAUCUCUUCCCCGCUGUGGUGAAAAACGUCGCCUGUAAAAACAUUGAGGUGAAGAAGCUCGUCUAUGUUUACUUGGUGCGUUAUGCCGAGGAGCAGCAGGAUCUCGCUCUGCUCUCCAUUUCCACCUUUCAGCGAGGGUUGAAGGAUCCGAACCAGCUGAUCAGAGCCAGCGCUCUGCGAGUCCUCUCCAGCAUCCGAGUCACGAUCAUCGUCCCCAUAAUGAUGUUGGCCAUCAAAGAAGCGGCCUCUGAUAUGUCUCCGUACGUCAGGAAGACGGCUGCUCACGCAAUUCCUAAACUCUACAGUUUGGAUCCGGAACAGAAGGACCAGCUCAUUGAAGUCAUAGAGAAACUCCUCGCUGACAAAACCACAUUGGUGGCAGGAAGCGUUGUUAUGGCCUUUGAGGAGGUGUGUCCGGAGCGCAUUGACCUGAUCCACAAGAACUACAGGAAGUUGUGCAACCUCCUCAUCGACGUGGAAGAGUGGGGGCAGGUCGUCAUCAUCAACAUGCUGACCCGCUACGCCCGGACCCAGUUCCUCAACCCAAACAUGAAUGAGUCCCUGCUGGAGGAGGGAAACGACAAGACCUUCUAUGGCUCAGAUGAAGAUGAGGACGACGAGGACGAAGAAGAGAAAGACAAGAAGGCAGAGGCUACCAUGGCUAAGAGGAAGCCGUACGUGAUGGAUCCAGACCAUCGGCUGCUGCUGAGAAACACCAAACCGCUUCUGCAGAGCCGCAACGCAGCUGUGGUGAUGGCUGUGGCUCAGCUGUAUUUCCAUCUUGCCCCUAAAGUGGAGGUUGGGGUGAUUGCCAAGGCCCUGGUCCGUCUCCUGAGGAGCCACAGUGAAGUCCAGUAUGUCGUUCUUCAGAACGUGGCAACCAUGACGAUUAAGAGACGGGGAAUGUUUGAACCGUACCUGAAGAGUUUCUACAUCCGGUCCACAGACCCAACGCAGAUUAAAGUCCUGAAGCUGGAGGUUCUCACCAAUCUGGCCAAUGAGACGAACAUUUCCACCAUUCUCAGAGAGUUUCAGACUUACAUUAAAAGCAUGGAUAAAGACUUCGUGGCUGCCACGAUUCAAGCCAUCGGCCGCUGUGCUACAAACAUCGGCGAGGUGAGGGAUACGUGUCUGAACGGCCUGGUGCAGCUGCUGUCCAACCGAGACGAGUUGGUCGUGGCCGAGUCGGUGGUAGUUAUUAAGAAGCUGCUGCAGAUGCAACCGGAGAAGCACAGCGACAUCAUAAAGCACAUGGCGAAACUAACAGACAACAUCCAGGUGCCGAUGGCGCGCGCCAGUAUCCUGUGGCUGAUUGGCGAAUACUGUGAGCAUGUACCUAAGAUCGCCCCUGAUGUCCUGAGGAAGAUGGCCAAGUCGUUCACUAACGAAGAGGAUAUUGUCAAGCUACAAAUCAUCAAUUUGGCCGCCAAGCUCUAUCUCACCAACUCCAAACAGACCAAACUGUUGACGCAGUAUGUUCUCAACUUGGCCAAGUACGACCAGAACUACGACAUCCGUGAUCGGGCGCGCUUCAUUCGUCAGCUCAUCGUGCCCACCGAGAAGAGCGGAGCUCUGAGCAAGUACGCUAAGAAACUGUUCCUCGCCCUCAAACCUGCACCGGUCCUCGAGUCUCCAUUUAAAGAUCGAGACCACUUCCAGUUGGGUUCACUGUCCCACUUGCUGAAUGCCAAGGCUGGCGGCUACCAGGAGUUGCCUGACUGGCCUGAAGCCGCCCCAGAUCCCUCCGUGCGCAACGUGGAGGUGAAGGAUUCUGUUUUUACGCUGCUUGAAAGAGUCACAACAUUAACGAGUGUGCCCGAAUGGACCAAAUGCAGCAGCCGGGAGAAGAGGAAGGAGAAGAAGGUGGAGAAGCCGUUCUACUCUGAUUCGGAGGGCGAGUCCGGGCCGACGGAGUCAGCUGACAGUGAGUCGGACUCUGCCAGCGGCUCGGAGAUCGGCAGCGGCAUCGGGGAGAGCGGCUCUGGAUCGGAGAGCGAAGAGAGUGAGGAAGGCUCCGAGUCUGAGGAGGAGGAGGAGGAGGAGGAAGAGGAGGAAAAGGACAAGAAGAAGAUUAAGAAAGAAUUAAAGAAGCCAGUGCAAGAAAGCGAAAGCGAGCAGAGCAGUGAAGAAGAAGAGAGGAAACACGAGAGGAAGAGUAAACAACGCAAGAGCGACUCCGAGUCUGAAUCUGACGAGGACGACGAGAGCGAGUCUGAAAGCAGCCAAUCGGAGUCAGAAGACUCAGAUUCUGAGGCAGAAGUCAAAAAGAAAAAAAAGGCAGCUGAAUCUAAACCUCCUUCUAAGCCGGUCAAGAAAGAGAGCAAGAAAGAGAAGAAAGAGAUGUCUCUGCUCGACCUCGAUGAUUUCGAACCUGCUCCCUCUCCUCAAGUCACACCGGUCAACGCCUUCCUGUCCAACAGCCUCGUGACCGACCUGGAGGGACUGUCUAUGUCUGACGCCGUUCUCUCUCCGGCAGCCAUUUCUCCCUCCAGCGCACUGAAGAGCUACGAGCUGCUGCACCGGAUCAGAGGGGAGGGUCUGUCGGUGGAGUACUGCUUCAGUCGACAGCCGUUCAGCCCUGACGCCAACAUGGUGGCCGUGCAGGUGCAGUUCACCAACAAUGCCACCUCGGAAACCAAGAACCUGCACAUGGAGGACGUGAAGCUGCAGUCCGGGAUGAGGGUCAAAGAGUUUCCAGAGAUCGAGCUGCUGCCAGCAGGUGAGACGGCUACAGCUGUGAUGGGCAUCGAUUUCUGUGACUCAACGCAAGCGGCAAACUUCCAGCUGUGCACUCACACCAGGAAAUUCUUCGUGUCGAUUCAGCCGCCGGUCGGGGAGCUGAUGAGGCCCGUCUUCCUGACAGAAAAUGAGUUUAAAAAGGAGCAAGGUCAGCUGAUGGGUAUGAACGAGAUCACGGAGAAGCUAACCCUGGACGCAAAGUGUCGGAACGAACACGCCAUCGUCCAGAGGGUGACCACCGCCGCCAACCUCAGCAGAGUCCCCUGUGGGUCAGAUAGAGAUUGCAGUCCUCCUGUCCCUCCUCCUGGUCAUCCUGUCCACAGGUUCGCGGGCCGGACAGUGACCAGCGGCAGCCUGGUGUUGGCCACCGUGGCGACCAAAGAGGAAGGAGACGCCCAGCUGACGGUCAACUGUGAGAAAAUGGUGAUCGGCACGAUGCUGGUAAAGGACAUCCACCUGGCUCUGACGCAGUGACGCGUGAGCUUUCUCCCUCUGCCCCCUCACCUUAACUCCCCUCUCGCAUAUCGUCGUGUAGCAUCUCCUCCGUUCUCCUGUUAGCAGCAGCGUCAGCGAGGACGUUUCCAGAACUCCAGUUUGUUGUUUUGUUAAAGAGCCCUAUACUUUUAGAAAUGACUCCUAUAUUCCCUGAAUGCCACAGCUGUACGCAAUGUUUACGACAAUCAGACAUGACCUGAUAUGAAAUCCCUUUCUCCAUUGUUUCUUACAUGACGUUAUCCAAAAAUACUUAUUUUGCAACUUAUUUUCCUUCCAUGAGCCAAUUGGAUUUAUUUGACUCCAAUUUCUGAGUCAACAAAAAAAAGAGGUUUGUGCAUCUUCUAAACCUUAAAUCCACUUAAAAUGAAAAUGAUCCCGCAUCAACUCAUCUCGUGUGAAAUAAUUGAGCAGAAUUUGCUCGCUGAAUAACAGGACAAGAGGUGAGCAAAACACAAGGUCGGCUUACUCGAUGUUUUCUAAGCUUUCAACCACAUCUUGUGGUCUUCCUCUCAGCGGAUGCAGUGACUGAAUGAAGGAAAGGCGAGUUUAUUUGCAAUUCAAAGUGAUUAACAAAAGACAUAAAAAGAUAUGAGGACAAGAGAUAAAAGAAACAUAAGACAAAUGGAAAAAUACACACAAAAUAAGUCGAGUAGAAUAGAAAAAUGGAAGAUAAAAAUAAGAGACAGCAGCUUAUUACGACCAUAUUUACAUUUAUUGUUAAGCGCCCUCUAGUGGCUGUAGUAAGUAUGACAGGAGGAAGUCGGGUGACGUAGUGUAAAGAAAAAGAAAUCUCCUUGGGUUUAAGCAACAAACCUACUUGGUGAGGUUUAGUAAAAGAUCAGGGUUUUGUUUACAGUAACCCUUUCUGGUACGUCACGUAUCGUAUGUCAACUUAUAUACGCAACAUGAGUCACUUAACAAACGUGCGUAUUUCAUCCCAAACCACAAUCUUUUCCGAAACCUAACCAAGUCGUUUUGCUGCCUAAACCUAACCAAAUUGAGACAGUUCACAACAUUAACCACGUGUUGAAAAUUGCGACCGUUACAUUUCGGCAUGACUGGUUGAUCUCUAUAAUUUAGGAAAAGCUCCUGUGGGUCGUAGGAACAAAUAAUCGUUUAGGUUGGAGGACUUGUGGGAAUAAGAUACAAUAAAUAAAACAGAUUAAACAGGACAAUAAAAGCUGCAGUUCAAGAUCAGAUCAAUAGUCUCAAAUUUAAUAAAAGACAGUUUUAUGUUUUAAGCCUUGAAGUAAAAGAAGUUUGUAGAGUUGGAUCAGACCUCAAGUUUUCUGGGAGUUUUGUGCAUAAAAGUGAAUGAAUGCCGUUUGGUUUUGACUCUGGGAAUCAGUGAGACGAUCCCAAUCCUCGAGGACGAUAAAGGAGGCCUUUCACAUCCAAUGAUAGACCCCAAAGUAUGACCCCCUGUAAUAAUGUGAUCUCACUUACAUACUUGGGUCAUGUGAUAACAAUUCCAUCUGCUGAGGAAGGCCAUGAGAUGCAGCUUGACGUUCCUGAAACAUAAAGUUAGUGAAUCGUGUUUUAGGAUUUCUUUCGCCAAAACAAAAGGAAGUCUUAAUUAAAUUUUUUUCUUUAAAUCUUGUUUCACCCAUGAAGUUUAUUUUAUUUAGAAAUAAGGUGCCCCAAGUAAGUAAUUCUAAUUCUUUAAACAGUGCAUUCACACAUCUGUCCCACCAGUUUGAGCUUAAGUUAUUAGUAAUCAGACUAAUUUAAAUAACAUGAGUAAUGUUUUAUAUACUGUAGGAAUAAAUUCCCCCUAAACACGUCACCACAAUGAAACAGACUAUCGGCAUAAUCUAUUCCUGUCCAGUUAUUUGAAGCAUGAAGGCUCCACUGAGACAACAACUACCGGUAACUGAGUCUUUCCAAUUUGGCACAAUAAACUUUGUUAGUUGAAAACUGCUCCUGGGAAUAAAGACGGAUCUUCAUCUCAAUUUCUGCCAUUUCCAGCAUCUGCCUCGGUCAUAGUGCACAUGUUCAUUACAAUAAGUGGGGCAUUUAUAGAAACUGAAGAUUUAUAAAUGUUAUUGUAUGUAUUGCAACAUGUAAUACAGUACUAUAAGGUGUGUGAGUGUGCGAGAGAGAGAGAGAUGACACUGAACAUUUAAUUUGCUGUUUUUAAAAUGACUCAAAAUGACACUUGACUUGACAUCAUGAAGUGCAUUAUAAUAAAACACUGGACAACAAUAAGUAGAAAACCUCUUGUAUUGGGCGACUGCUACGAGAUACAAAGAUUUAAGUCUUGCAUGCAAUUAUAAAUUCAUAAAUUUGCCCGAGAACAAAUUUCUGAUCUAAAGGUCGUUUUAAUGUAGUUACUGAAACAAAUCUGUUUAACAUUAGUCACCAAAUUCUCGAGCUUCAGCUAACUCAGUCAGAUGAAAACUAAAAUCUGAUUUCCACCCGACUGUGUGAUGGCGAGUGUUUAGUUCAUGAGGAUGAAUUGUAAGACCUAGAGAUUAUAAUGGUGCUCAUGAUCACGUGGGACACUUUCAAGUUAAGUCUCACCUUGAUGUCAUUUGUCAGGCGAGACCGUUUUCAUGCCUUCUGUUUUGUUUUCAGGUCAGAGGUCAUGUGGCUUCUUUUUUGUUGUCGUGGACCCUCAUGUGUCCAGCGGCUGCAUGUUUCUUAUCUUUUAACACAAUAUCGGUGUAUUUAUUUAUUGUUUUACUGUUGGAGAAUGUGUUUUACCAAAGGAGUACGUUACGGUCUAACUUCAGCCCUGGUCAUAGAAAGCUGAGCGUCACCAGCAGUGGACCUUUUUAUUUCGGCCUUUUUUUUUUUUUUGUUGUACCUGUUGCGUUGUUUACCGUUAAACCACUCAGACCUGAUACUUGUAGUUACUGCAUCACAGUCAUGAUGAAGAAUGUAAAGAGUAAGAAAUUAUACUUCUAAUGUAAAGAUCCACUGAAAAAGAGAAUGCUUCCACAGAAACUGUUGGAUAAAAUAAUUUAAUUCAUGUCUUGCGAUAUUAUUUAUUUAUUUAUUUAUUUUUUAAACAUCUGCAUCUGCUUUCAAAUAUCCAAAGUGUUUUAUUCAAACGGUGUGUGGUUGUGAAAUGUGGUCCUGAAGUAUUACAAGUUUAUUUAUUAUACAAAUAAAUAAAAAAAAUAGAUACAUUCU